UCGUUGGGACGAGCUCAUACUUCUCGGAAUGGUGGGAUGGCCUCCUGCUGCUGAUACACGAAGUACCUAAGGCAUACCAGAACGAUCGCAUUAACAUCUUUGGUCACCUCGUCCCGUGAUUUACGGCCAUUGCUUGUCGCAACAUUUUUCCGCUUUUCAUGAGGUUGCGAAUAUAAUGUAGCUACCUUAGUGCCAACAUCAGAGUCGCGCCGAAGGAGGUUGGUGCUUUCGACUUGCAGUUGCUUACCACGGUCCUUUCGCAACAUUUGCCGCAUCACUAUGAUGUCCGCUGCAGCCGAACAACGUUUGUACAAUGCGUUUCUUGAUGCUGUGUAUAGAUGUUCAUUUCACCGACGCUAAUUGCUGCUACAGCUGAACUUAUCUCGAUGAAGUCUCGAGUCAUCAACAAGUUCUAUGAGCCCUUAGUCCUCCUCAAAGCAUUGAACGAUGAAAUGACAAACCUGGCCGAGUUUGUCGAUCCAGAAGAUCUCAACUAUCGCGGAGACGUUAAGAAAAUCUUCCAGGCAUUUGUAUACAAGCUAGCCCAUGUUUGCGACAGUAUCCCGGGCAACGGGGGCGGCACUGUAACCUCAAUCAUGUUGCUUCGCGGUUCUGGGAGCGCAAAGGUUGAGUAUCACCUUGCAUCAAAUCAGCGAAGUCACAAUGAUCUUGAAAAUAUUAGAGCUUACAUUCGACAUCUACUCGAGCGAGUUGACAGGGCAUCAACGUCAGGAAACGUCUCGGAGCUGCGCAAGGACUUGCUCAACGCAGUGCUCUGGUUCAACAGACCUAGAAUCAACUCCUAUAUGAGUAGACUCGAAACAGAAAUCCAGCUUUGCAUCGACAAUAACCGAGAUGAGAACUCAACUGUCCAAGCCCUGAGGAGGACUCUAGACCUACUUGGAUUUCACCAUGCCAGAAUGGCUACCCAGUCCCAGUACCUGCACAGAUGUAAUAUCCUUCUCCACAAUCUGAUAAGCUUGAAAGCGUCGGAGGUUUGGGGACACAUCGACCAACGAGCCACAGGAAUUCGUCUGAAUGGAGUAACAAGCAAUUCCUCUGCUUGUUGGCCCGAGACGCGACACAUGGUUAACCGCCUUCUGUCAUAUUGCAAGGAUAUUGAGUUCUUCAUUCUUGCAAAGGACAAUUGGCCUGAGAUAUUCCGUAACUUCGAAAUCUUGGCCUGUCCAUCAAGUCAGCCGAACAAGUGUCCAGGGCGGAACAAGAGUAUGACCGCCGAAAGCAUCGUUGGUCGCAUGACCCGCAAAGAACACCUCAUCGAAAGGUUUAGAGAAUGUGUUCAUGACCUGCAAAUCAUGCAUCUGGACCAAAGGAUUAAGACAGAAUACCAGAAAGACAACUUUCGCCCCAUUGUUCACUCAGAGAUCUUGCUUCUCAAUCACCUCGAGAAAACAGCUGGGAGUGUUUCGCCCACCAGAUUCUUCAAGGAUUGGAUGUAUAUUGGUAGUAGCAAGCCCAUCUGCAGGCUUUGCGAGUACUAUUUCGAGGAGCACCGGUCCGGCGUCGAGCACCGGAGCAGUCAUAAGAACCUUUACAUCAGCUGGCGCCUGCCUGAUGUCCUCCGUUCCGAAGGCGAUGGAGGAGAAGAAAGGCGACAAGUUAUGUUCGACAGAUUGCUUCAGAGAAUUCGAAAAGAUGCUUUCGAUCUAGUGGAGAAAAAGGUGAGGCCUACAUUGAGAAAUCACGAUUCCAUCACCUCAUCCGUCAGCAUGACUCUGCAAGGGAAUUGGAGCGAGCCGUCCGACAUAUCGGAGGUCUUGUCUUCAAUGGGAAGCCUGAGAUUGAAUAUCGACGAACAUUCUGAGGAAUAGGUAAUGCAGAGAGUCAGGGGAUCUAAUUGGAAUGUCAAGGCAUCUUCACGAAAUUCAGGUUCAAUAUCAGGAUGCUUGUCGCCAAUAUUUGACGCAUGAAGACAAGAUCCCACCGGCGAGCUGCUUGCCUAUAGUAGGACUCGCAUUCUUAUCCGCUAACUGUCCUAGUUAAUUAUUAGCGCAGUAAUAUGGCCGAGCUCAGUCAU